ACUACCAAGGAAAUUUUCCGAGUUUGACAGCCAUCGUACGCUCAUCGAAUUUAUUAAAAUGCCUUCCGAAAGUUUUGGAGUAAAGUUGGUUGCAAAAUGUCGGCCUUUGACAUCAGAUGAGGAAGACACUGGUGGAAAUUCAGUCGUUUCUGUGUCUGGUGACAAAGUCAAGGUGAACUGUGCGGGAAAGGAAUCCUCGUUUUCAUUUGAUGGCGUCUUUGGGCCAGAAAAAAGUAACAGACAUGUCUACGAACAAGCUGUGACACCACUUCUUCAAAAGGCUCUUGAUGGCAACAAUGUUUCUAUUCUUGCCUUUGGAGCGACUGGUGGAGGGAAAAGUCACAUCAUGACUGGAUCAGAAGCAGACCCAGGUGUCAUUCCACUGAUGACUCAGAAUUUGUUUCGGCACAUCCAGGAAAGGAGCAACAAGGAGUUCAUGGUCACAGUUUCACAUGUUGAGAUACUGGAUGAGAAUAUGACUGACCUUCUCAACCCCCAUACUAGAAGCAUGAAAAUUCGUCAACAUCCACACAAGGGAAUUUUCAUCGAUGGUCUCUCAGAGUUGGUUGUUCACACUGGUGAUGACAUUGCACUCUUGUAUGAUCAAGGAACUAGAGCCAGGAAACUUGGAUCAUCAGAUAUCAAGACUCAUGCAGCACGGGCAAAUGCUAUUUUCAUCGUUUGCGUUGAACAGAAGGAAAGACAGUCAAGUAAAGUUGGCCUUAGGUCAACAAUUCUUUUGGCAGAUUUAGCAGGUUGUGAAGCCCAGAGCAGCGCAGAUCCAAAUAUCAAUGCUGGAGCCAGAGGAGUUCUGAACAUUAUCAGUGCCCUUGGAGAUGGAAAAAGAAAAGGUGGACACAUCCCUUACCGAGACUCCAAAGUGUCGAGGGUGCUACAGGAUUCCCUGGGAGGAAACUCUGCCACGCUGAUUAUUGCUGCGCUUUCUCCCCUAGACAAAAGCUACCAAGACACACUUACUUGUCUUCAGUACUGCAGUUUUGCUAAAAACAUCAAGAAUACAGUACAGUUAAAUCUGGAUGACACACAAGAUGUGAUUUCUGAGAUGAGACAGGACAUUGCGCGAUUGAGGGAUAAAAUAGCAGCUGCUGCACAGCCUGAAAGGGAUGAUGUUGCAAAAAUGGAGGCUCUGAUCCAAGAUUUAGAAAUUGCAAAGAAGCAGACUUGGGCUGAGAAAGAAAAACAGUCAGCGAAAUUCGAAGAUGAAAGAAAAAUUAACCUGGCAAAUAAGGGUAUUUUGGAGUGGGUGAUGGACAGCAUGAAGAAAGGGAACAGAGAGGUCCAGGAACAAAUGAUGUUGCUCCAGAAAGAGAAAGACCAGCUGACAGACAAAUACAAGGAAAAGAGAAAAGUGGUGGAAUCUAUGAAAGAGGAACUGCAAAAGAAAAUUUCAGAAUACGCAAAAUUCACUGAAUCAGGAAAGAAAUCUGAGAGUGAAACAAAAUCACGAGUUACUGCCAUUCAUGAAUUGAAAGAAAGGCUCAAGAAAGAGACUGAGGGAUUGAAGCAGUUGAAAGAACAGCUCUUCGCAGUUCAACAAAAACAACAGCAACGACGAGAGGAUGCAAGGGCACACACAAAUGCAGUAAAAGGGAGUGCAGAACUUCGACAGAAAGUAGAGAAAGAAGAACGGCUUCAAAUGGAACUGGAACACAAAGCAAUGGUGGAGGAAGAAUUAGAGAAGUCUCGACUUGAGCUUGACAGUGAAAAGACAGAAAUACAGCUGCAAGCAGCAGAGGGCCGUAAGUACAGCACCAAGGAAGGAGCUGACCUACAGAUCCAGGUCGCUGAAAUGAAGGCAGACAAGUCAGUCGUGACUCUUAAGCUACAAACACUUGAAAAAGAGAAGCAACAUCUGGCAUCUGAACUGGAAGAGGUGUACACAUUUCACAAGGAAGAGUUGGAAGUCCAACAGCUUCAGCAUUACCAGACGUUCCGCAGCUACAGAGAGAUUUUUGAAGAACAGAAGGCAGCAAUCGACCAACGUUACCGACAGCUGUUGGAAGAUUCCAUACAGGAUGCUGUGUAUUUGUCCUCCCGAAAUAAUGACCUCACCGAAGAAAAUCAGCACCUGAAACAUCAGAUUGCCCAACUGAAGGAUGUCAUCACCAAACUUGGAGGGAAACUCCCAGAGACCAUGUCGUCCUAAAUUGAUCAAACUUGAAGAGAAGAUUAUACGGAACAUUCACUAAACAUAAACCCAACCGAGCCUGUACUGUUUACAACUAAUUCUGUAAUAGUUUCUCUUUUUGAUAUUUCUUGACGUUUCAUGAAAGAUUUGUUUCUACAUGAUUAAAUUAUUAUUUGAACAAAUCUUUAUAAGAAGACAAGUAAUUGAGAAUUUAUGCUAUGAUAACCAUACAUUUGUAGAGGUACAUCAAUAACGUUAUUAUUGAUUUCAAGGAAUUUUGUACGUGCGUGUGAAAUAUAGAAAAUGCUUUUUUGCAACAUAUU